UCGGCAGUGAAAAUGUGCCAGCGGCGGUUCUUCAGCAGCAAGUACACCAGUUUCCACAAGAACCACAUCAAGUUGUUUGCCGUUUACAUGAAAACGGCGAAUCUAAUGCAAAACUUUAAUGUUCUGAAGCGUUCGCUGUAAGCGCUGCUGCGGUCGACGUCGCAGCCGCCGCCUCCUCCUCCACCUGCAGAAAAAUUAAAAUAAAGUUAAUUCUGGGCUGUGUGUGCUAGUGUAUUUAAAAUAGUGCUGAAUCGAGAUGAAAAUCCGUUAACGCUUUAACGGAAAAUUAGAAAUGUCUGAAAGAAAAACCGAAAAUCUGGUGAAAGUCCUUGAUAAGAAAUAUAACAAUUACAAUUCAAUUUAGGCGUGUCUAGCCAAAUAACGGUAA